AUGGAUCCGAUCUUAUAUGCUCUGAUCUCAGCAUUUGCAGCAAAUAUUUUAAUAUUUGGGAUUUUGUUCGCUUUGUUUUUGGUAUUCAGAACGUUUCGAAGCAAGCAUAUAUUUUCAGAUAAUCCAAAAAUUAUUCCGAAAAAUGCAAUUUUUUCUGAAUCUGAUACACCUUUGAUGCUUUUAUUUAAAAGUGUUUGAAAUACAUCAUUGCAAGAUAUUUAUGAAAAAUGUGGGAGUGAAGCUUAUGUUUAUUUAGCGUUACAAUGAAAAAUAAUCAAGUCUUUAUUUUUGAUGUGCUUAAUCGGAGUGACUGUGCUUGUUCCUGUAUAUUCACAAGGAAAGAGAAUUCAUGAGACUGGGCUUGAAGAGACAGGAAUUGGAAAUAUUUUAGAGGAGCCUAACUAUAUGGUUGCUCCUUUGAUUUAUUUUAUCCCUUUUUCUAUUUUUGGCUAUUUCCUAGUGUAUAGGGUAUUAAAGGAAGUGACUACAAAGUCUCAACAAAAUGUAUUUGCUAUAUAGAAAAUCCAACUAUUCAAUUAUGUGCUUGAAAUAAGUGAUCUACCAAAAGACAAAGCAUGUGAAUUCAUCAAGACUAUGGUUAAUAAUAUAUUGCAAAAAGAUUUUAGAGACAAUAUCGUUUCAAUAUAUGUUGUUCCUAAUUUGGCUAAACUCUAUAGAACCCACAAUAAACUAGAAGAAGCUAAAGAAAAGGCUGAGCAUUAUGCUUUGUAUGAUGAAACACAUCAAACGAAAAAGAAAAUAAAACUAUUACUCCCCCCCCUCCGUGAGUGAACAAAACCAUUAGAAAAAUCACCAUUUUUUGCCCAAAAACCCACCCUCCGUGAGUGAACAAAAAUUUUUUUAAUAGAAAAAUUUUUUAUGGAAAAAUUUUUUGAUAUAUAAAUGAUAAUUAGUAAAUAAAAUCUAGAGCUAAUUCUAUUUAAUUUUAAACGGAUUGCUCUUUAAAACAUAAAUUUUAUAAAUUAAAUUAAUAUUUGCCUUCCAAUUUUUGCGAAUUAGGAUUUUUUUAAAUUUAGAAAAAAAAUAUUUUUUAUAAAAUUUAUAUAUAAAUGUUUUUAAAAAAUAAAAUUAACCCCCCUCCGUGAGUGAACAAAAUUUUUUUGUUCACUCACGGAGGGGGGGAGUUAGGAAAAUGAAUUGAUGCGCAGAUGUUUUAUGAAAAAUUAGUAGAAAAAUACAGCAAAAAAUAUGAAGAUCUAUUGGCAAAAGGACCUGUUGGGAACUCUGGGUUUUGCUAUGUAACGUUUAGAACUACACAGUCAGCAGAAAAUGCGAAAAAGUGGUUACAUGAUAAUAUUAGAGCAAAAGACUGGAUAGUAAAAACAGCACCAUCACCACAUGAAAUUAAGUGGGAAAAUUUAGACCAAAACUACAGAGAAAUACGAGCAAAAAGGUGAUGCUUGAUGAUAUUUUUCUGUAUUUUAUUUUUUAUUUUGGUAACACCUGCAGGAUUUCUGUAUUUUGUUAAUAAUUUUUUGUCUGAUUUUAAAGGCAGACAAUUUAUUGAAGGACUCUUACUCUAUACCAUGAGCAUGCAAAACCAUUAGAAAAAUCCAAUGUUUUGGGAUUUGACCGCUUCCAUAAGCGAAGAAAACACUUUUAGUUUAAGAAAUUUUUUAUAAAAUAUUUGAAAUAUAAAUAAUGACGACUAUUUUAUUGUUUUAGGGAACUUCACAUUUUUAAUGAAUUGUUUUGAAAAAAAUGAAAGAAGGUUUUAUCUUUUAAAUAUUUGCAAAUAAAAUUUCUUGAAGUUUGAGUUAAAAUUAAUUAUUAAAUUCUCCAUGCGUCUUUACUCGGGGCAAAUUUUCCCUUUUGCAGGAAUGGGUUUUGCAGAGUAAAUGCUUGAUCGGAAAUAUCUGCAGGGAAAAAAAUCCAAAAGAGAUACAAUUAAAUUUUUAACCCCUUCAUAAGUGAGCAACAAAAUUUUUUCGCUCAACGAGUGGGGAGAUAGGGAAAUAUUUUCCUGUUCUAAUAUUGCUUAUUUAUCAAGUGGUAAUAUUAUAUUACACUAUUAUUUAUAUCGUUAGCAAAGAAAAAAGAACUAAUACAGCAAGAGAAACAACAAGCAGGCUUCUUAAAUAUUUAUUAUUCAUGGGAAUUUAUGUAUUCUUGCUACAAGCAAUGGGUGCGCAAACCAUUUUAGAUUUAACAGUCAAUGGCUUCUGAGAUAAUUGGCAAACUGAACUACCAAAAGCAGUGUCAAACACAGGAGGAUUUUUUACAAUUUAUUUGCUAUCACAAGCUUUUAUAGCAAAUGGCUUUGAUUUACUUCAGCCAUUAUUGGUUAUUGUCACAAAACUAAAAUUAAAAAUCGCUUCUACAGAAAAAGAAAAAAUAUUAGCCCAAGAAGCCCCACCUUUUGAUUUUGCCUAUGAAUAUGCGGCGGUGCUAAAUGCUGUUCUUAUUAUAUUUACUUAUUCGAUUUGUUUUCCAUUAAUUAUAUUUUUUGGUCUGGUUUAUUUUUCAAUGAGGGUAAUUUUUAUAUAGUUUAUGGUGCACAAAUAUUUGAUUUUAUGUGUGAAUUAUGUAGACAAAAAUUCAUCAGGAAAAAAUAUACCUGAAAUAUGUUUAAAAUCAAUUUUAGGCUCAGUUCUGAUUUUUCAAAUGAUUACGUCUUUAGUGUUCUCUAUAAGCAGAUAUAGAGGGAUAGAGACGAUGGGCUUUAUUUACUUUGUGCUUUCUUUUGCGUUUUAUUUAUUUAUUCAGAUUAAAAGUGUGAGAGUUUUGAAAAAAGUUUUAAGCUUUAUGAGAAUAGAUGGAGAUGCAGGAGUUGCUGAAGAGCCACUGAUAGCUCCAGGGGGAAAUUUAUAUGAGCAUCCAUUAGAAAAAGAAAUUAUUAAUAGGAAUGAUUAA